GACAAAGGUAAAUAAACAAUAGAUCAGGUGGCGGGAACAGGUGUAGCAUUCGUAGGCAUUGCGGUCUCUUCACGGAUUAUCAAAUGGCCACCUGUGAGGCGGCAUCAGUGCCCGUUAAAAUUCAGCCAAAGAAGUAUGCCUAUUCGCUCCUGGAGGACCCGCAGCGCACCCUUCCUCCACCCACCGCGUCCGGAGAGACGCUGUGUAUUCGUGACAGCUUCGACUAUUUCCACUACGGCUGCGAUGGUCACCAGGACGCGGGCUGGGGCUGCGGCUAUCGUACACUGCAGUCCGCCAUUUCGUGGAUCAUCCGUCGAAAGGGCACCUCGUUAAAGGAGGACCAGUACGUGCCCUCGAUCCCGGAGAUCCAGCAGAUCCUAGUCCAAAUUGGCGACAAAGGGGCAAGGUUUGAGGGCUCGCGAGAUUGGAUCGGUACCCUCGAGGAGUUCUACGUAAUUGACGUACUCUAUCAACUGCCCUGCCGGAUUCUUCACGUCGAGGAGCUCGGCUCUUCCGAGGUGCUAGCACAGAUUCGUAGCUACUUUGAGGAUUACCAGGGAUUCAUCGCCGUGGGAGGGAUUAGCGACACGGCCUCCAAGGCCAUUAUAGGCUACCAUAGUAGUGCCGAGUCGGGACGGGUCUACCUGUUGAUUGUGGAUCCACAUUUUGCGAGCGUGCCCAGCAGCCGGCAGCAGUUAAUUGACCAGGGCUAUGUCCGCUGGGUGCCCGUCGACGAAUUCCCGGCCGGCACGUACAACCUGUGCCUCAUACUGCAGCCGUAGAUGCCACUCGCCGUACUUAGUGUUUAGCAAUAAAACUCUGCUAUUGUUAGCUAUUGGUUCUUA